AUCUCGCUUGUGUUGAUGGAUUGCUGGAUGCCUGUUAUGGAUGGCUUUGAAUCCACGAGGAGAAUCUUGGAUGUCGACGCCAAGUCCGGCUUGCAGGGAACAAAGAUCGUCGCCAUUACUGCCGACGCAAUGAAGGAGAACUUGCAGAGAACGAGUGAGUGUGGAAUGAGCGGAUACGUACUCAAGCCGUUCAGAAUCAGGGAUAUCGAGGAUGUGAUUGUUGGUUUAUUCUGAGUCUCGGCUUCGCAUUUUACUAAAUUUGAGGGAGGCGCAAGUCUGGGUGGAGGGAUGUUGGGAGCAUAGACGGCGUUUAUAUGUCUUAUUUUCUGCUAUAUCUUGAUUGUUUUUGGGAAGGUUACCAUAUCAUUCUUC